AUGGAACCGCCCCAGCUUGAGGAGAUCGACGAGGGUGUGGCGAGACUGCCCCGCGAGGAGGUUGAGGGAGUGGCAGUGAACGACGAGGCGCCUGAGCACAACAACUACGACCGACUGAUCGAGAAGCAGAACGCAACUCAUGGCCUCGUCGAGCAGACCCACGCCAGCAUACAGGACAUCAAACAUUCGUUGAACAAACGGUUUGAUGAGGAUAUGGACCGAUUCCAUAGGCAAGCAGUUAACGAGGGCAAAAGGUACCAACAAGAGAAGGAGAGAGUGCAGGUUCAGCAUGACCAGACUAAUUUAUUACGCCAACUUCGCGGAUUGCUGACAGAGGAAGAGCAACUAGAGAAUGACUCGUCGUCAGAGGGCAAUGAACAACGGCAACAUGUGUUGGCAAUGAUCGAAGUAGCCAAGCGGAAAUUGGAGGAUGCCCAAACAAAGAAGGUGCUGGAUAAGACUAUCAAUGAGCAGAUACAUGAGCGCGAGAUGGAUGAGAUAGAAACCAACAAACAGAAAGCGAUAAAGGAGAUGGCAACAUUGCAUUCUAUCGUGUCAGAGCAGCCCAAGCAACCACAACCAUCACGACUCAGGAAGCCCAUGCCCAGCACCAUGCCCAAGGUAAAGUCAGAGCCUAUUGACGAGCCGUCUCCUUACAGUACGCCUCCACAUCCAACAACAUCAACUACGACGACAACAGCAUCGACAACGUCAACAGCAGUCAACAACAACAAUAACAAUAACAACAACAGGAGAGUCUCGAUCACAUCCUCCAGUCUCAAGGCAACGAAGGCGAUACCAGCAGAGUUGACACCCAAGGUCAUGGUAUCAGUGCAGCACUACUUGGACACAGGAUACCCAAUCAAUAACCUCAACUAUGACCUAGGGAAGGACUUGAAGAACGUGCCCUAUGAGGAGAGAAAUAAACUCAAGAGAGAACUGAUAUCAGAAGCAGGAACGAUGGCGAGACUACAGGCAAUGGAUUCUCUCAAACCAAUCCCAACGUCACUGGCACCUCAAGUGUUGGAGUUUGUCAAGCAAUACUACGACAGCGACAUCGCCUCACAACAGCUGUACAAUGAGUUAAAGAAGGUGUUCAAGGGCCACAGAGAAAGACAGAAUUGGACUCUAUUUAUAAUGAAGUCAAAGGCAUGA